AUGCAUCAAAACGAGAACAGCUUCAUCACAAAUCUUACGUUGACAAAGGAUCAGCAGAACGUCUUGCUCGACAACAUUCAGCCCCCAUUCUGGAAGUCCUCAACGAUGGAAUCUCUUCCAGGCGGCUACAUCACAUGCAGUGAUCUCACUAUAGGAUCUAACGACUUCCUUAUUGGCGCAGAUCUGAUGCAGGUACUCGAGUUUGGGCUGCGAGUCGAGGAUCGCCAGCCAAGCGACGCCGCCCAGACGCCCUUGCAAUCAGCCGCCAUUCAAUCUCCUUUCUAUUCUUGUGCCGCUGGCUGGGACAGACGAUGUCUGCUGGUGGACAUAUUCGCUGCUGUCGUGCUCAACGAGGUGCUUGCGCGCCGUCCGUUCGUUGCUCUUUACCGGGUCACGCUCAUGAUUUGCUCUCGAGGCCCUCGCGCCUUCCUCGCGACAAUAUGCACACUCGCUAUAACAACACUUCUCGCGCCAUGUCUCGCCGACAACGCGCAAAAGAAUACCAGCAGCACACCGGGCUUCAAGUUGCUGCCUGGUGUAUCAUCAGUACCCGUGCCAAUCUCAGUUGCGCCUGACCAAGAAUUCCAGGGCAUCGAUGGCUCUUGGAACACCUUCAGUCUUCGUGUUGGUUCGACCCAACACAACGUCCGCGUAACUAUUUCGACUGCCUCCCAACAGGUGUGGGUUAUCAAUCCUUAUGCGUGUGUCUCGAACCAUACAGACGAAGCUACCGGAGAACCAUUGGCGGAUGUCGAUCUGGAAUGCGCGACGAGUCGCGGGUUCUUGUUCAACACCACAGAGUCGCAGACAUGGGUGGAGCAAGGAUUCUAUCAGCUGUGGUUGGGGAAGAACUUCGAGAUGCAUGGGAAUGGACUGUAUGGAUUUGACUCGGUGGGCUUGGGAUUGCCGGGGGAGACUGGACCGACUGUCCAAAACACCACCAUAAGCACCCUGAUCACCUCAGAGUUCUGGCUCGGUCACUUCGGUCUCCAUCAUAAACCCACAAACUUUUCAUCCUAUGAGGAUGCCAAACCCAGCUACAUGACGAAUCUUUUCGAGCAGAUACAUAUCCCCAGCAUGUCAUUUGGCUACACAGCAGGUGCACAGUAUUACGAUGCCACAGUUCUUGGAAGCCUCACCCUCGGUGGCUACGAUGCCUCGCGAUUCAUCCGAAACGACCUCUCCUUCGUAUUUGCACCGAACAAUGAGCGCGACAUAGUGGUCGGUCUUGACAGCCUCAAUGCAGUCACUACUACCAACACGACGCAAAUCCCGCUUAUAAUGCGGGACGACGUGGAUGUGUAUAUCGACUCAACUGUCGCCGAGUUGUGGUUACCGAUCGAGGUAUGCGAGGCAUUCGAGGAUGCCUUUGGCUUAACGUACGAUGCAGCCACCGAUCUCUACCUUGUGGACGAUGCCCUCCAUCAGUCGUUGUUGGUGCAAAAGCCAAACUUCACAUUCACUCUCGGGCAGAAAUAUAGUACUAAGGGCAUUGUAAACAUAACUCUACCAUACGCUGCGUUUGACCUUGAGGCGUCUCCGCCCUACAGAGGUCUACAGGAAACAACAAGAUACUUUCCAAUCAGACGAGGAAAUUCGAGCCAGUGGACCCUUGGUAGGACAUUCUUGCAAGAAGCUUACCUCGUCGUCGAUUGGGAACGCGAACGAUUUUCGGUUUACGCCAAUGACUGGACACAUGGCAAAAGCCCCAAACUGGUCCCGAUAGUCUCGUCUCGAUACGCAACGGAGGUCCCCAUCGUUGGCAAGAAAUCACGUCUUUCUACUGGCGCAAUCAUUGGCAUCGCAGUUGGAGGUCUGUUCCUGAUACUAGGAGCCAUCUCCAUUGCUGGGUGCCUUUGGCACCGACAAAAGCGUAAACUGGCCGAAAUGACGGCCAAGUUUGAAGCUGACGCGAAUGCAGCUGCAGCUUUGAACAAAGAGGUCUCGAACAUUUCGGAUGAGCGUUCAACCCUAGCGAGUAGGGAGAAGUGGGAAAGAAACAAUGUGUUAUCUAAAGCCGAGUUACCUGGAAACUCGGCUGUGCACUUUGACUCUCCUAUGCUUGUAGAAGCGGACAACACAGAACGACAGGUAUUCGAAAUGCCAGCAGACUUUGCACGGACCCCGGAGGCAGAUGGUCGUCAGCUUACAGAAAAAGAGACCAUGGUGGAGCGAGAGAAGAGAUACAACGGAUUCGACCCAAGCGGAACUGCCGAAACACAGACAGCAAUACAGCAUGCGUCACGAGAAGCAGUGGCAAUAUCACCAUCAGACAUAGUGAUGGUCAACAAAAGGACACCUGACGUGUCGCCUGUCACCCCGCGAACGCCUCGCGAUGGCGCGCUAUUGGAAGCCGGUGAUACUUCUUGUCUGUUGCCACAACAUUGUAGGAGAAAAAAUGAGGCCGGAGAUGCGCAGCUCGAUCCCAUGUCGCCCCUCGAGAGACCUGUGGAUCGGCGACGGUUUUCCUACGAGUCGUGA